CUCAUUCAGUGUGCGCUGCUCGUGCAGUGAGGACGUUGUCAGCUCCAGCAAAUAGUAAAAAUUGAUAGUGCUCGUUUCUAGUUAAGUUGCCAGUGCAGUGAGACCAAAUCAGUGUUUGACUCUUAGAGAGCUGCUUAGCUACUCUAUAACAAUCUCAUCUCGACUCUCCAGUUGAUACAAAUCACGCACUUCAACCCAAUUUGGAUUUGCAUAGCUGCAGCUAAUUGGAGAUCGAAAAAUGGCAACAGCACAGCAUCCAUCAAUUGCUUUAGUAUUUCUAGCUCUAAUUGGUCUCAGCCUGUGGCCGUUGCAUGCCUCAGCAUCACCCGUCACCAAUGAAGACAUUAGUGGAACCUUAAAAUCUCUGAUCUAUUCGUAUAAUCAGCUGGAUAACAAGCUGGAGCGACAUGAGCAUCGGGAGCGCGCACUGGGCGAGCUGAUGAAGAAGGCAAUGCAGGCACUGCAAAAGGGUCAGCGGAGCCUGGAGCCGAUGAGCGGAAUAUUUGGACGACUGGACGAGCGUGUCAGUCAGAUUGAGACCAUGUUGAUCACGCAAGAGGAGAAGUAUAAUACUGAAACGGACAAGCUCAAUCGGGCCAUGGAACAUAUGUUCAAAUGGAUGCGAGAGAACGACGAAUGCUUUAAGAAUCCACCAGGUGCACCCAAGGCAAUUGCUCCACCAGUUGCAGCCGCCUCUGCCUCCGCCAUACCCAAUGAAUUUGUGAAGGAACAGCAGCAAAUCAAUAAGCAGCUGCUCAGCGAGCUCAAGCAACUGACUUCGAGUGUCGCCCAGCUGGUGGACAGCAGCAAACAGGCCGCCCAACAAACCCAACAGGGUUUCGAGCGCAUGCCCAAGUCCGAUGAGCUGCUAAGCCAAAUCGAGACCAAGCUACAGCAGCACAGCGCCGCAGCAGCCGUUACCACAGUUGCUCCGCCCAAGAAUGAUGAGCUUGAGCGGAAGCUUGUAGAACGUCUGGGUCAGUUGAGCAGCCAAGUGGCGGAGCUGCGCAAUGCCACAGCGCAGGCGCCACCUGCUUCGCUGGGUCUCAACGAGAAGGAUCGCGUCUAUAUGCAGGAGCUCAACAAUGAGACGCUCAAUGCCCUGGCGGCACUCAAGACCGAAUCACUGUUGGGUCAGCAAACAGCACUGCGUCAGACCACGGAGCAAAUGCAACAAACGGAGGCGAACAUACAGGGCGAUCUGAAGCAAGUGUCGAGUGACUUAGUCCUGCUCAACCAACUCUACAAGGGCAUCAAUGCCAGUCAUAGCAAAUUGAACGAUGGCUUCGAUGCGCUGGGCAAGUUUAACAAUAUCAUGAUGACCAACUCGGAGGUGGUCCUGGACACGCAGCGCAAGGUCGAGUUCGGCACGCUGCAAAUUGUGCAGAAGGUGAGCCUGCUGCUGGAGCAGCAGGUGGCCGAGUUGACAAGCUUGGUAAAGGCACGCUUCAACGAGCUGAACGAUACGCUGGUAGACACGCAGGAGGAGGCCAAUCGCAAUAUUAGCGGACUGCUGGAUACAGCUCUGUCCCAGGUGUGGCACCGCAUCGAGAUCAUGAGCACCGAAAUCGGCCAAAGCAGAGAGAUGUUGGGCCUGAUGCAAGCUGGGCACGAUGGCUAUGUGAACAGCACGUUUAGCACCAUGAUGGGUCUGAGCAGCAAAGUGGAGGAGACUAAAAAGCACAUGAUCGACAUGGAUGACAACUUGAACUAUUUGUUGGGCAAACUGUCGCUGAUGUCCAGUGAAUUUGCCAACAUCAAGAAAGGUCUGGCUGACUCGCUGAUGGAUUUGCGCAAUUCGUUUCAGUUGAUACACGAGCGCAUGCCCAACAGCUCCGACCCGCAGAACAUCGAGAAGAACAAGUAUCUGACCGAUGUGAAUCUCCUGUCCAAGCGACACGCUCAGUCCGAGCGGCAGUAGAGCCGAGAACGCCUGCAGCCAGGCAACCAAAUACAUAUACAAUAAAAGCCUAACACUAGCCUCUAAGUAAACGAACUUACAAUUAAAAUACAUAAAAUAUUUAUGCAAAACUCAAAUUAACAUGCUUCAUGUGUAAAUCUCUGCAAAUACAUUUCGUUUAUGAAUAACAAACAA